ACAGAUUGAUUAAUGAGAAAAAGCUAAUAUGUGAAUCUUACAAGCCGGCGAGCACCAUCGAGGAAAUGAAUUUAGAAAGACGAUUGCUGAAUCGUAUCGUAAAGCAGAUUGCCGAUCGUUGCGAUUACUUGAUCGAAGACAGACUGCUCGAGUUGCUUUUACCUUACACCGCGAACGAUCAGCUGAUCAUACGACUGGAUAAUGUGUUUCAGGCGUUAAACAUCAAGUCCGAGAAGGAGCUUGGCUUACUCUUGAAUUUCUUUCUGCCGUAUGCCGACUUCU